AAAAUUAAUGCUAACUAGAAUUACAAGUACUGCUAGAUUGGGUAUUAAGAAUGUCUAUUAAUUGAAUCACAUAAAAAGUUUCCAUACAGCAACCAUAGCUCAUAAAGCAUAAGUUAUGAAUGAUGAAUCAUAAUAUGUUGUAAAAACAGAUCGAAUUUACAAACCAACCUAUACAAUUGAGUUUGAUAGAAUUGGAGAAGUGUUGCUGUACCUGAUUUAAAUAUAAUUAGCUACUCAUGCGAUCCUCAUAAGCAUCUUACAAUAUUCUUGAAAUAUCCUUAUGUUCUUUAUGAGACAGCCAUUCCCUUAUCAAUUUAUCUUUGGUUCAAAAAUCCAUUGGAUAUUGCAUGGUAUUGGAAUAAUCUAUUUAUAUAUGCUCCUUCCUUUUUGUGGAUUCCUAGAAUGUGGUAAUAGACAGCCUUUAUUAAAUUAGGUAUUGGAGAUCAUUAUAAUAUAAAAUACAUAGACUUUCAUUGUUGAGAGGUGGAAAAGUACUCAAAAUUGAGACAAAUACUCUUGCUAAUGAUAAAAAUGUGUAUUGGGUUGAAACCUAUUAAUUCCAUCCAUUGACAGCGGAUUUCAGGCAAUUUGAUGAUAGAGACAAUGCUGACUACUUAACAGAGGAAGGUUAAUUGAAAUAUGAAUUAGCAUGUCAACUUGAUCAUAUUCAAGAAUUGGGUACAACAGUAUAAGAUGAAGUAAUUUAUUUCAUGAAAGUAUUUGAAUAAAUAAUGGAAAAUAGGAAGGAAUAGUACAUCAUCCAGAAUUGUUUGAAGCAGCAACAAAAGGAUAUGUAAUAGACACUUCUAAUUUUGUAAUAAACACAGCUCAUAACAUCAGAGCAUUCGAAGGCCAUCACAAUUAGUGAAAUUGGAUAUCAUAAUAGAAAUCAAAAGAAUAUUUAUUUAAAUCAACAUGUA